CCAGCGGCCCCUGUGCAUUUCUGACAUCCUGCUGUCGGAGCUCGGAGCUGGACCGUGAGCGCAUUGGAGCUGCAAGUUCACUUCCAGUCGAGUCUGUGAACUCUCUCCACUCCUUUAUUCACAGUCGUAGUCGAUUCUUUUUUCCUGAACCAUGCAGAGACGGUGUUUCGCGUCGAUUUUGACUCGCGUCUGAGCGCCGGCGGGUUUGCUUUCUCUCUCUCUUUCAGUCUCUCUCUCUCACUCUCUCAGUCUCUCUCGGUCUCAUUCAUACGCGGGGUCUUUACUUUUUUUUCCUACGCGCAAAAGAAAACAUACCGGCCCGGUUUCACCCCCCAGCCGUGCGCUUUUUGGUGAUGGAGUUUAGCCGGUGGCCGGGAGCCGCUACGUGAGACGUGUGAAGGCUUUUUCUGGUGCUGCACCAAAGCAGACCGCAGUUCAGCGGAUGGAAGAUGACCGGUGAGGGUUUACGGCGAACGACCGCUUGCUGACGUUCCCCUGGAUACUGGAUUUUCUUCUUCCACGUCAGUUUCCGCUCAUCCAUCUUCAAACCACGAUCAUUGUCCAGAGUCUGGAGGAUCUCGAAGAACAAAAUGGCUGCUCCACUGUGUAAAUGUCCCCUGCUAUACGGCCUCCUGUUCCUAAUGACCAUUUAUCAGUACUCUGAAGCAUUCAGUCGAGCAGCUCUCCCAUUCGGCCUGGUACGCCGGGAGCUCUCGUGCGAAGGUUACCCCAUCGACCUCCGAUGCCCGGGGAGCGACGUCAUCAUGAUCGAGACGGCCAACUAUGGCCGCACGGACGACAAGAUCUGUGACGCCGACCCGGUCCAGAUGGAAAACAUCAACUGCUACCUCCCAGAUGCCUACAAAAUCAUAUCUCAGAGAUGUAACAACCGGACGCAAUGUGUCGUUAUCACUGGCUCGGAUGUCUUUCCAGAUCCUUGUCCUGGAACAUACAAGUAUCUCGAGGUCCAAUAUGAGUGCGUCCCAUAUAUUUUCAUUUGUCCCGGGACUUUGAAAGCAGUGGGAGAACCUGUUUUUACCUUUGAGGCUGAGCAGCAAGCAGGAGCUUGGUGCAAAGACCCACUGCAAGCUGGGGACAAAAUCUAUUUCAUGCCAUGGACACCAUACCGUACCGACACACUGAUUGAGUACAACUCUCUUGAGGAUUUCCGCAACGGCAGGCAAAUGACGACGUACAAGCUACCGCACAGAGUGGAUGGCACCGGGUUUGUGGCCUACGAUGGAGCCAUCUUCUUCAACAAGGAGCGGACGAGGAACAUUGUCAAGUUCGACCUGCGCACACGCAUCAAGAGUGGUGAGGCCAUUGUGGCCAAUGCUAACUACCAUGACACAUCGCCUUAUCGCUGGGGAGGCAAGACUGACAUCGAUCUGGCUGUUGAUGAGCGGGGACUGUGGGUAAUCUAUGCGACAGAGCAGAACAACGGGCGCAUUGUUGUGAGCCAGCUGAACCCGUACACACUGCGUUUCGAGGCCACGUGGGAGACGGCGUACGACAAACGUUCAGCCUCCGAUGCCUUCAUGGUGUGUGGUGUUUUGCAUGUAGUGCGCUCUAGCUAUGAGGAGAAUGAGAGCGAGGCCAGCAAGAGCCAUAUCGACUACGUCUACAACACCAAGCUGGGCCGUGGCGAGUACACAGACAUCCCCUUUCCCAACAACUAUCAGUACAUUGCUGCUGUGGAUUACAACCCUCGAGACAACCAACUCUACGUGUGGAAUAAUUUCUACAUCCUCCGCUACGAGCUGGAGUUUGGCCCGCCAGAUCCUGAUGAAGUGUCGACGCUCGCAAACGGGCUCACGUCGACGGCGUUCCCCAGAAGAACCACGACAAUGGCGAGCACCAGCAGCAGCUCCACACAUCGAUUUUUGACCAACUCCACAGUGGGGGUUGACCCCAAACUGAGCCGUGGAGCUCAGGAGCCUGCCGUGGACAACUCUGGUGCUGUAGAUCCUACAAAUGCUGGUCCUCUGGCCCCUAUCAGACGGUUCUGUGAGAGCACUGACAUCAGAGACAUAGCCUGGCCUCGUACACACAGGGGCGUCACCGUGGAGCGGCCAUGUCCCAAAGGAACCAGAGGUAUUGCCUCAUACCUUUGUACAGCGGUGAGCGGUACGUGGAACCCAAAGGGACCAGACCUCAGCAAUUGUACGUCUCACUGGGUCACACAGGUGGCACAAAAGAUCCGGAGUGGCGAGAACGCGGCAAACCUGGCCAAUGAGCUGGCUCGUCACACGCACGGCCCUGUGUUUGCCGGCGACGUCAGCUCCAGCGUCAGGCUUAUGGAGCAGCUGGUGGACAUCCUGGACGCACAGCUUCAAGAGUUCAGGCCCAGCGAGAAGGACUCGGCCGGACGCAGCUUUAACAAGCGUCAAAAGCGAGAAAAGACGUGCAGGGCCUAUAUGAAGGCCAUUGUGGACACGGUGGACAACCUCCUGAGACCAGAAGCACUGAAGUCGUGGGAGGACAUGAACUCGACGGAGCAGACACACACCGCCACCAUGCUGCUGGACACGCUGGAGGAAGGAGCCUUCGUCCUCGCAGACAACCUGAUAGAGCCGGCCGUCGUCAAAGUGCCUGCGGAGAACAUAAUGUUGGACGUGUACGUGUUGAGCACAGAUGGCCACGUUCAGGAUUUCAGGUUUCCGCAAACAAGCAAAGGAGGCGCCACCAUCCAGCUCCCUGCCAACACGGUCAAAUUAAACAGCAAGAACGGUGUUACAAAGCUGGUCUUUGUGCUGUACAAACACCUCGGGCGCUUUUUGACCACGGAGAACGCCACCCUCAUGCUGAUGAGCGAAGGAGGAGUGAGAAACCACACUCUGACCGUUAACUCCCACAUCCUGUCUGCCUCCAUCAAUAAGGAGUCAAGCCGUAUCUUUGUCUCCGAGCCUGUCGUCUUCACACUCGAACACCUUGAUACUGAGAACUAUUUCAACCCGAACUGCUCGUUCUGGAACUACUCGGAGAGGAGCAUGAUGGGAUACUGGUCCACUCAGGGAUGCAAGCUCCUAGGGACAAAUAAGACUCAUACCACCUGCUCGUGCAGUCACCUCACCAACUUUGCUAUCCUUAUGGCCCACAGAGGACACGUGGGUGACGGAAGCGUGCACGAUUUCCUUCUAAGCGUGAUAACACGCAUGGGCGUGGCCGUGUCGCUCGUCUGCUUGGCCAUCAGCAUCUUCACCUUCUGCUUCUUCCGUGGCCUGCAGAGUGACCGCAACACCAUCCACAAGAACCUGUGCAUCAACCUGUUCAUCGCCGAGCUCUUCUUCCUCGUGGGAUUCAACAUGACCGAACCUGCGAUCGUGUGCUCGGUCGUAGCCGGGAUUCUUCAUUUUUUUUUCCUGGCUGCGUUCACUUGGAUGUGUCUGGAAGGUGUGCAGCUGUACGUCAUGCUCGUCGAGGUCUUUGAGAGCGAAUUCUCCCGCCGGAAGUACUAUUACGCAGCCGGGUACCUCUUUCCAGCCGUGGUGGUUGCUAUCUCGGCAGCCAUCGACUACAGGAGCUACGGGACCAAGAGAGCCUGUUGGCUCAGAGUUGAUAACCACUUCAUAUGGAGCUUCAUCGGCCCUGUCGCUUUCGUCAUAAUGCUCAAUCUGGCCUUCCUGGUCGUGACCAUGUACAAGAUGGUGAAACACUCGACCUCGGUGAAGCCCGACUCCAGCCGCCUGGAGAGCAUCAGGUCGUGGGUUCUGGGCGCGUUCGCGCUGCUCUGCCUGCUCGGCCUCACCUGGUCCUUCGGGUUGUUCUUCUUGAACGACUCGUCCAUCGUCAUGGCCUACCUCUUCACCGUCUUCAACACACUGCAGGGGAUGUUCAUCUUCAUUUUCCAUUGUCUCCUCCAGAAGAAGGUGCGUAAAGAAUACGGGAAGUGUUUCCGUCAGUCUCAGUGCUGCGGCGCUUUGCCCGCGGACAGCUCCCACAGCGUGGGCAAAACGUCCACGUCUCGCUCCACGGCCCGAUACUCCUCCGCUACUCAGAGUCGUAUCAGGCGGAUGUGGAACGACACGGUGAGGAAGCAGUCCGAAUCUUCCUUCAUCUCCGGAGACAUUAACAGCACCUCGACACUGAACCAAGGAAUGACUGGCAACUAUCUCCUAACUAACCCCCUCCUUCGAGCACACGACACUAACAACCCCUAUAAUAACCUCCUUGCCGAAACCAUUGUGUGCAACACACCUUCUCCGCCUGUCUUCCACUCACCAGGCCAGCACUCCCGGACGAACAGCCGUGACGUCAGCGCCAUGGACACGCUGCCCCUCAACGGCAACUUCAACAGCAGCUACUCCCUAGACGACGCCGCCUUCGAGAAGAUGAUCAUCUCCGAGCUGGUGCACAAUAACCUGCGGCCACGCGGCCAUCCGCGCUGCCAGGACGACCCUGAGCAGCCGACUAACCAGGAUCGAUGUGCGCCGAGCGGGAUGGGAGGCGUCGGAGGCAGGAGCGAGGAGGUCAGCAACGACAACAACCACACCAACCACCCGGCGCUGGAACUCCUCCUCCAGCCACACCACCGCGAGGUACUGGAGGCGCCUCUGCUUCCUCAGCGGACUCAUUCACUCCUGUACAGUGCCAAGCAGGCAUCGCGCCAGCCUGCCAGGCACCGACAUGAUCUGGAGAAUGGCGAGGAGCAGAAAGAGGUAGAUGGGGCGGGGCAAAACAAAACCAAGUCCUCACUUGAUAACAGGGACUCAGUGUAUACGAGCAUGCCCGAACUCAGAGACUCGUCUCCAUCUCUGUGCCUGCAUGACGGAGAGGACGAGUGCCCGCUUUCGUCGUCCGGGCACAGCGAGACAGACGAGCCAUGCUACAAAAGCACAGGGGACAACAGCAUCCACCCCGCCUCGUACUACCACAUCAGCGAGAGCUGCAGCGGGCACGUGUUUGACCAGGACGAGUGUCUACCUCCAGACGCCGAGACCCCCAAAGACGGCCAAAUGCAGCUCAUCACCAGCCUCUGAGCUUACCCACUUCCUGUUCCCUUCUUGUACUAGGUGCAGUAACUUGUUUUCUCUAAAAAGACUCACAGAUGAGCUUGGUUUUGUUUUCUGUUUUUCAAGCCAUCUGUCGUUUAAACUGUUCGGGCAGAGGUGAGAAAAGCACACACAGGCUGCUUGACUUGACGAGCAGAAAUGCUUUUGAGGAGGCUGGAGGCUGGCCUCGUCCACGCACUCGUCCACGCACUCGUCCACGCACUGGCCACCAUUUCGUAUGAUAUACUGUACCUUAUCGACCGCAACACAGCAAACAUUAACAUGCCAGUGGCAGGUUUUUUUGUAGAACUUCAAGUGUCCUGUUAUUUUUUUGUUUGUUUUUUUUUAAUGCCAAGACGCCGGAAGGAAAUGAACAGACCUCCACACAGAUCACAGCGUCUCAAGACUCCCGACACGGACUUUUUACGGGAAAAAAAAAAACGAACGUAAGAAAGAAAGGCUAAGAAUGAAAACAUUCAAAAAAGAACCACUACUCCUGACUCAGGCCUUAUAUUUUCUCUAUUGCACAUGUAACUCUUAUAAGAAUGACGGCUAAAGAAAAUAUAUUUUGCUGUACCACAAGUGGAAAAAAAAUAACGAUAAAAAAAAAAAAUUAGAAAAAUAAAAUUGCGAUUUAAAAAAAAAAUAUUAUGGCAACCAUAAGUGACAUUUCAAAGAGGACAUUUUAGGGAAAGGGGUUGCACAUUUUUUUGUGUGUGAAAUCUUCUUACACUUUGUCUGUUGUAGAAGCUUCUAGAACACCAACAAGUACAGAAGCCCGUAUUCAAACUUCCACUUGUGAGCAGUGCGUUUGCCUUCAUCGGUUACAGAAUUUCGAUUGUAAAAGUUUUUUUUUCUUUCAAAUUUUUGGAGAAAGAGAAAUAUUGAGAGAGAGAGAGAGAGAGAGAAACCUUUCCCUCGUUUUCAAACUUAAAAAAAAAGCUACGUCUUGCACAAAUCAGGAGUGAAUUGGACUUGUAUGUAAUUUAUUUUGCUGGCGGUAUUCGCCAGGGAUAAAGAUUUUUUUUUUGUUUGUUUGUUUUUUCUCCUCGUGUGUGUCAACACAAACAUAUCUCAGCAUUUUGACAUUACAUAAUUUAUUAGAUGAAGUAUGGAAUAUUAUGAAAUAAGAAUUAUUAGAUUUAUAUCAAAGAGGAUGGAAUGAAAGUGUGCGCAAGAAUAAAAUACUGUUAAUAAUCAUCUUGUUUUAUUUUUAUGUUUUGUUACGUUUUUUUGUUUUUGUUUUUGUUUUUUGUUUUUUUGUAGGAGCCCAUAUUGCCAGACGCUGAUGUAAAAUCGACUUCUUGAUAUCGAAAUAAAUGUGACAAUUUCUUU